UCCUUAUCUCCUCGUGUUACGAAAGCACACAAACGUGAGUUUGUAAACACGAGAGUGAGUAGACGAGGGCGGCCAUUCCCCGAGCUCAAUGAUAUGAAGGCCCGAUACUUUCCCCUGGCAGUGCUGGCCAGUGUGCUGUGCCUGGGCCAGAGCUACACCCUGAGGAGCUCGGUGUCCUGGGUCGUGUCUUCCAACGAUGUGGUGGAGGACGCGGACCUGUCGGAGGAGGUCGCCCCGGCGCUGCUGGUGGACAGCGCGCGGCUGUGGAAGGGUGCCUACCCGUCCUCCAACGUCCUCGGAGACAGAGUGGAGACCCCCGGGGAGCUGGUCAAGCCCGAAAGCGACAAUGUGGCGCAGCUCUCCUCCCGUCUGUUUUCAUAUCGGCUGGAGAAGGUGAAGACGUCCGCCGGCAGCUCCCCACCCCCGCACCAGGAGACCGCCAGGACUGCCAGAUACAUAGCUCACUACAGUGACUGGGGACAUCUGUCCACCAUUUCUACUCAAGACAAGAUCAAAGGUCUCCCCUUUGGGAACAUCUUCUCCGUCAGUGACGGACCACUGGACAACAGCACUGGAGUUAUCUACUUCUAUGUGACUCCAAUGGACAACACUGUGUCAGACCUGAAAAGUAACCCCUAUGCGUCUCUCACGUUCUCAGAGGCAGAGGGGGAAUUCUGCAGGCAAAUGAUGUAUGAUCCAGAGGAUCCGAGAUGUGCUCGACUCACACUAACUGGGAAGAUGGUGGAAGUCGCCCCAGAGGAGCUUGCGUUUGCAAAGGAGUCAAUGUUCUCAAGACAUCCUGUGAUGGCAAAGUGGCCAGUGGGACACAAGUGGUUCUUUAUGAAGCUGGAGUUGAUCCAGGUCUGGCUGCAGGACUGGAUCGGAGGCACGUCGCUCAUUCCCUUGGAGGACUACUUUAAAGCUACACCCUUCUGAGAAUAUCCCUCCCUCUGAAUCAAGUCAGCCCACAAAAACAGAUCAGCUCAGCUGUUUACAUCACACAUGUCACUCUAAUAAGCAGAGACAAUGCCAAAACAGCAAUGUUCAAAGAAUAUUUUCAUCGUUUUUUUUUCCAAUAACUGUUGCCAUUUUAACUUGUGAAAGUGAAUAUUCUUCACAGCUACAGUACUUUCUCUCUUUCGCCCCUCCACUGGGCUUGUCACACAAACUCAGUUAAUGAGGUGCCUGUGUUUGGUGUGUGAAUGUAUUUAAAGUCAGUAAGCUUAAUAAAUUUGAUGCUCACAGUCAUCACAGCUGACAUAGAAAAUUAAUGUAUGUAAAUUAAUGUCAUUUAAUGUAUUCUUUUUAAACACUGAUUACUAUUUUAUGGGUUUUCGCGUUAAACUAUGUAUGCUGUUUGAAAAAUGAAUGUUAGCACACAGAAUGAUUGUGUAAACUUUUUAAAGAAAAUAUUAAUUUGUUGUGUUCAGUUAGUUGUAAACCUUCAAAGGGAAUUGUAUUGUCAAUGCUUCUGAUCUCUGGUUUUUCACAAAAAUCCAAAUGAAAAGUAAGUUGAUCGAAGUUACCUGGCCUAAGAGGUGUGGAUUAUAUUUUUAAAAAAUCUAGCACCUUGAAAUAACUGAGACAAAUUAUUAAGUAGAAAUCAGUUAUUAUUAGUUAGACGGUAUGAUUGAGAGUCUCUUCUCAUGGUCCGUUUAGCAGCUGUUCUGGGGCUUUCAAUCAUAUCACAUUACAUUAAUUAGCAGAUGGAAUUUGAAAUGUUCAAAUGUCCAUUUUUGAGCACAUUGAGGACCCCUUGUUCAACUGGAAAAUUAAUCUGCUGGUGAGUAUCAUGUGAUAUGAUCAAAAGCCCUAGGACUGUUACUAAAUGGACGUUGAGGUGAGAUCAUGUUUUGUCAGCUGCUUUUUCCAAGGUCAGCAGUGAACUUUGAUCUUGAACACUGGUUUGGGUGCUGAUUUUACCACAGGAUUUGAAACGUCAAGACCUAUUAGGAUCAUCUUUUUUUUUUCAGCAUUGCUCACUGGAGGCCUGUACGUUUUCAAUAUGUUUUGUUUAUUUCUUUGAAUAAAUUAUCAAGUAUUAAGCAUUA